AUGACACCCCCAUUUUAUAGGAUCGAUGCGGUAGGCUGGGAGAACACAGGACCAGGUGAGAUUUUCAAUCUCGUCGAUGUAUUCAUUUUCUCUGUGGUAUCGAGUUUCGGGAAUGCCCUCGGAGUACUUGUUAGUGAGGGUGCUGCUAAGAGCCUCAAUAAUGGCGAGGGUCUUGACAAUUUUUUGAUUCAAUGGAAGAUAAGAAGGGCUGCCAUGAUCUCACUCGUUAAUCUCAUACACAAUCUCUUGCAUGAAAAUGAUUUUCUGGAGGAUGAAUUGCUGGAAAUGGCUGCAGAGGAAAUGGAAAAUUUAGGGUUUUAG